AUGUUCGGCAUGCUAAAAUUAGCGUUUUCGAUCAUACUAUGGGGCGUUAUUCGUUUAUCGUCAGCUGACGCCAGUUCUUGCGGAAAGCUUACGCGUUGUAUUAUUAAAAGAUGCUUCUCUACAGAAAAAACUGAAACAGCAUUGCAUACAAUGAGUGCAGUUGGAAUGUUUUCCGCUAUGGUUGAUCAAUUCAGUUUUGUUUGCAUUGUGACAAAAUGCCGUGAUGCAUGCAAUGCAUGCGAGCAGUGCAACUAUGCCUUAGAUCAACUAUCUAAAGUUACCUCCGGUGCUAAAACAAAAAUGGUAUGUCCUAAAAUUGAAACUUGUUUGGAGCAAUGCUUCCUAGAAGAUGCGCUUCAUAUCAAUUCAUGCGCUAGAAAACGAUGUAAUCUUCACUGCUUCGAUGACGAUUGUCCAUAUUGCAUUUAUGUGGCAAAAAGGAUAUUUUUGAGAAUUUGUCGUGAAAAUAACAUUCCCAAAUUACCAAAUGUAAAAUUUAAUGGUAAUUGUAUGGAUUUAUUUGAGCAUGUCCUUAAAGAGUAUGCUGCUGGUCAUCGAACAUAA